AUGAGCGUCAGCGUAGAGCAACCGCUACACUUUAGCCAGCAACUCUCCAGCCCGCCGCAUUCGCCAAACCACGUACUUCAUGCGCACACGCCAGCUUCUCCUCAACCACCGCCACCACCGCCGGCUGCCGAAUUGGAUACGAGUAGCCCCACUCCCACAGACACGAUGCCGCCCACAGGCCAGAACCAUGAUCGGGGCGAUGCGGAGAUGCAAGAUGGAGAUGAGCCCGCCCGUCGCGAUGCUUCCACAAACACCAUCGCCGUGGAGAUCUCAGCUAUAGAUGAAGACGUUAUGGAUGUUACGCCGGAUACCGAGACGGAGCUAUUACUACCCAAUGGCUCGUCUGAGGCACAAGAGGCUGCUAUCACUACACCAACAUCACCUGCGCCAGAUGAUGGGGUAAACGGAGACGAUUAUCCCCAUAGACCCCCUCCACGCAUUGACCCUGACGCGCUACCUCCACCUAUCGAUCCAAGCACACAGCCCCCGCCUCCUCCACCGCCAGUCGAUCCCCCCCGCUCCGAUUCAGAAUCCUCAGAUGACGAGGAUGACCUUCCACCAUGGCACCCGUUACCAGAAGACCUGUCGUCGCCUGAUGAGGAGGAAGUGAAGGAGAUCGAGGAGAGGGGCGAACACAGUGCGCUGGACCACGAAUACUGGGAAGGCGAAGCAUUCAAAUCCUUGGAACAUCCGGAAUAUAUCCCUGGUGAAACAGGACGUAUUCACUGGGCAAUCGAUGCAUACAACGGCACUCAGGAGAAGCAGAACCAUGAAGUGGUCAUGAAGUCCGACAUCGUCACUAUCGGAGGUCACCAGUGGCAGAUCAAAUUCUAUCCUAAGGGGAAUGAUUCGGAUUACCUUAGCGUCUAUCUCGAAUGUUUAAGCGUUCAGGAUGCGAAAGACAGCAAAGAUGAGGAGAUCAGCAAACACGUAUCCAGCGGCGAAGGAGUUGAAUCAAGAGGAGAGAAGAAGACCGACGAUAUCAUGAUAACAGCCGAACACGCACCAGCAGACGGUGCAACCGAGGCAUCAGCUCAGACUGAGAUACUUGCACAAGAUCGACGGGACAGCACCAAAUCAACAUCGGAAGGAGUCCAGACGCCAGUGGUUGCUCAACACACGCCUCUUCCGCUUCUCGGAUCGAAGAAGAUGUCUAAGCGGAAUAGCGUUGCCGCGCAGAUAUCGGUCGUUCUCUACAAUCCAACAGAACCUCGCGUGAACUACUCGCGAAAUGCUCUACAUCGCUUUUGCAAUGGCUCGCCUGACUGGGGCUGGACACGUUUCCACGGACCACAUUACGACAUAUCUCGUCGUAUGCCCGGUCAGCGCAUGGCCCUCCUCCGUGAUGACAAACUUGCCUUCACUGCCUAUAUCCGGGUUGUGGAAGACCAGACGGAUUGCUUGUGGGAGCAUCCAAUUAGAGAGAACCCGUGGGACAGCUUCGCAAUGACAGGAUUACAAGGCCUUAUGCUCGGGGAGAAUGCUAGUGCGCCUGGCGGCAACAUGAUCUCUGCAAUCUCUUCGUGGAUGCUAUUCAAGCCCUUCCGAGAUCUGUUAUACAGCAUCGACAUUCCAGACCCUAACGAUGAGCCUUUCAUUCGCCCUAAGCCACUGACCAGCGCCUUACAGCAAGUCUUAUACAUGCUACGAACUCAAGUCGAGCCUGGGGCUGGCCCAGUCGCUCUGGAUGAUAUUCUCGAUGCAUUGGAAUGGUACCGUAUUCAUGAGGGUCUUGAUAAGCUGGAUGUGAUGGAAACAUGGGAAGUUUUGCGUCUCAAGCUCGAGGAGGAGCUCCAGGGUACACCUCACGCUGCUCGACUACAUGCUAUCUGUGGACCGAAACGCGACUAUUCAAGCGGUAGACCAAGCUACCGCGUACCUGUAGAAGGUGUCGACAGCAUGCAGGAUGCUGUUAAUAUGUCACCUGAUUUCACUAUUCCUGGACAGCCUCUACCAGAGUUAUUGACGAUCGAGCUGGACCGGCACAAAUUCGACAGUGCAAAGACGCGUUCGCAUAUCAAGGUGCUGAACAAAGUGACACUAGACGAUCGGAUAAUAGUCGCUGACACUCCCUACACGCUAUACGGGUUUGUGGUUCAUAAGCAAACACUUCAGUCUUAUGUAUACCAACCGAUACUUCGACCCGAAGGACCUGAUUCACGCUGGUACAGCUACUCUGAUAGCAAAGAUGAGAACCACGUCAAAUGCCUUCCCAAACGCGAAGCAGUGGACACGCAUGAAGGCAAACCUGGCAGUACUCAGAUCGUUGGCAAUGACCCCGUGGCAUAUAUUGCAAUGUACGUUCGAGACGAUGUAACUCGCUCGGCAUUCCUGUCAGACGCCGAAUCAGAGCAGUGGAAUGUCCCAGAGUGGAUUAAGUUGGAAGUAGAAUCCAAGAAGAAUCCAAGUUCUCUUCCCCCAAUGCCGCCACCUCCAAUCGACGAGCUGAACUCUGUGGUCGACCAAGAGAAGGGAAAAGAAGUGGUAGCGGAGUCACCAAAUUCACUGGACUUUCGUGUCAUCGAUUCGCGAGCAUACCUAGAACACGAAGGCCCGGGUCUGUUCGAUGCCUUUGAUGCGCAGUGGGAAGCUAAAAGCUCACGGUACAUCCAUACACUGUCGCUGCUGAGCAACGACGGAUGCAAAGAGAUCCGCGAGAAGUUGAUGGGUGUUCUAAAUGACAUCAAGGAUCCGCGACAAAUAAAGUUCUGGUUUAUGGAUCCAACACGAGGAGCGUUCGACCGGCCCAACUUUCUCAGUACUGGGAUCAUUGAAUACUCUGCAGGUAGCUACAACCGAUAUACCGAUACCAAAGAGUGGACUCUAGAAGACUCACCUUUUGCCUGUCGGAGAAUCUGGGUACAUGUCACCGAGUUUGAAAAGCUUCCCGAGCUUUCGAAAGCAGAAGAGAAGGCUCCAGAGGUCUCUCACGAGAGUGUAUCUUCUUCAUCUUUACAGGGAGCUCAGGCUGAGAUGGAUGUGAUCCAAGUGGUUGAGAGUGUUGUCGAGCCAUCUUCGAGUACCCCGCCACCGCAGAUACCUCCACAGCUGGAGGAUACGCCUAUGAGCGACCCUGAUGAGCCAGCUGCUGCGCAAUCGGAGCAACUAGAACCUCACGCGUCGGAAGUCGAUAUACCACCACCGCCACCACCACCAACAAACAACAUCGAAAGCAACGACACUGCUAUGUUGGAAGUGGAGCUAACCCCCGCUGUUGACCCGCCAGCUGUUGAUGUCCUAAUUCCAGGCGCCGGCCCCGGUGACACCGAGAUGGGCGGUACACAAGAAGACAUGCCGCCACCACCACCUCCACCAAUUGGGCUACCUGUGGAGGAUCUACAACGACCUCCGCCAAUUUGCAGCCCCACACCGGAGCCACCUCCAGAUGAGAUCUACUUCUUCUUGAAAUUCUGGAAUGCGGAAAAGCAAACCCUAGAAGCACGAGGAUCGCACAUCGCACUCAAGUCUGCUAGGGUGGACGAGACGAUCGUGACAUUGCUUGGGCUUCCCAUGGAGGACAAGAAGAAGAUGGAGAUGUGCGAAGAGGAUGAGUUAACCAAUACGCGAUCUCUGAAGCACCGCCGCACUUUUGCGCAAGUGGAUCUACACAACGCGGGUAUCAUCAUCGUUUCGUUGCCUCUCUCGGCUGAAAAGCGCAAUGCGCUUGCAGCGCGUGCUGCCUUUACAGAUCCUCAAAAAUACCUUCAAUUCCGCGCUUUCGCCCACAACUUUCCUCACAAGUUGCAAGGCCACUUUACCUACAACUACUUCUCAAGCGAAUACUACAAGGGAGAAAUUGUUAACGGCUAUCCCCACGGCCACGGUACUCAGAUCUACCACUCUGGCGCUACAUACAACGGCUCUUUCCGUCUAGGCCAGCGCUACGGUCAUGGUUUAUACACUUUCCAGAAUGGGGACACUUACGAUGGUGACUGGGUCGACAACCAGCAGCACGGAACCGGCACCUAUGUCGAAGCCGCAAGCGGCAACACAUAUGUCGGCGGAUGGCAGAAUGACAAGAAGUUCGGUGAGGGUGUUACGCACUGGAAGAACGCACAAGAAUCUGAGCGUCUGUGCAGGAUUUGCUGGGAUGGAGAAGCGGAGGCAGCUUUCUAUGACUGCGGGCACGUCGUUGCUUGUAUGACUUGCGCAAGGGAGGUGCAGAAUUGCCCGGUGUGUAGGAAGCGCGUGUUGAGCUCUAUGAAGCUUUACUACGUGGCAUAG